ACAACAGCACAAAAGACGAAGAUGUUCCCAACAGAGAUAACCCACUCAAUCCGCACCAAAAAACACCAAUACUGCCGCUACGCAGACACAAACCAAUGGCACCUGAUGUCCACCAUCCUCGCCCCCAACCUGCUUGCCACCUUCGUCGACGCCAACGACCAAGUCAUCACCGAAGGCGGAGCAGCCUUCUCAUUUGCCUCCCGCGAUGACUUCGUUGCGUUUUUCGCGAAGGCGUUCGAAACGCAGCAGACUAUGCAUGUUUUGUCUGGGGAUGGGGAGAUGGAGAUGACCAAGUCUUCUUCUCCUGACGGGGACGGGGAGGGGGAGGGUAAUGGGGGAGAAGAGGUGAAGACUAUCUGGGGAGUGGUGUAUCAGGCUGCGUCGAAGGAGGUCACUGGGGGAUGGGCGGGGACUGGGGGCGGGCAUUAUUAUGAGACGUGGAGGGUUGUGGGUGGGGAGUGGAUGAUUGUGGAGUUGAAGUUUCAGAGGAUUUAUUGGAAGGUUUGGUAG